AUGUCACCGCCAUUCCCACGAAUAUCCCUGGCAUGGCGCCGUCCCCGAACCUCCACACUAGGAUCACUACUCCUAGCUCUAGCCACCGCCCCGCUGGCAACCAGCCUCCCACAACCACAAACCGCACCGCCCGCGCCGAGCGUGCGCAACAUGACCAUGUUCGGGCCGGGGUGCCCGAUCGGCGCCGGCGGGCUCGUGCAGCAGAUGCGCGACGGCACGCCCGUGUUCGUGUUCGCCGAGUGGGCGCUCGCGCUGCCGGCCGUCGAUGAUGCCACGGGCAAGCAGGUUGCCGAGGUGUCCAAGUUCUGCACCGAGGAGAUUACUCUUGCUGAUGGGCCGGUAGGCAUGCAGCUGCGCAUCGCCACGGUGUCGGUGUCGGGCUGGGCGGUGUUGGAGGCUGGGUCGAGUGUGCAUGUGAGGGUUGAGACGGCGUUGGGUGGCGUUGCUGCUGGGAACCAAUCCACCGCCAUCGCCCCGUCCGAUUUGAAAGCCAACGCCUUCCAGGCCGACCUGCACACGCAGCCGGCCGACAUCUGGUCGGCCUGCGUCGACACGUCGGGUGCGGUCCCGCACAUCUCCAUCAAGACCACCGUCAGCCUGGUCGGCACGCCGCGCGCCUCCGACGGCACGCUCUCGAGCGGCGCCGUCGGCGGCGACAAGACCGACCUCAAGAAGGCCCUCGGCCUGCACUUUGAUCCCGUGUGGCGGCCGUGUGCGCUGCUGCGGUGA